GUGCUGGUGAUUGAACGUGGGACCUUCUUCAUGCAAAACAGAUGUCCUUCCACUGAGCCACUGCCCCACCUGAAAGGAUUUUGUUAAAGAUGCCUGGCUUGGAUUCGGAAACCAGAGGACCAGAGCUCACAGCUGUCAAGCUGGCAUGUUAGUUUCAGCUUCUCAAGACCUUGGGAUAAGAAAGCUUAAAGGAAUCCUAUAAACUUGAGCAGGACUGUUGGUGCAAGUACCAGUAGGAUUUACCCUUUAGAACUUGUGUGGGAGUACCUUUUCUGACAAGUCGCCAUGAAUGUAACAAGCUUGUUUUCCUUCACAAGCCCAGCUGUUAAAAGGCUGCUAGGGUGGAAGCAGGGAGAUGAAGAGGAGAAAUGGGCAGAGAAAGCUGUUGAUGCCCUGGUUAAAAAACUGAAGAAGAAAAAAGGAGCAAUGGAAGAGUUGGAGAAAGCAUUAAGCUGUCCGGGUCAGCCCAGCAACUGUGUUACAAUCCCUCGUUCAUUAGAUGGCAGACUUCAAGUUUCUCAUCGGAAGGGGCUACCCCAUGUAAUUUAUUGCCGUGUGUGGCGCUGGCCGGACCUGCAGAGCCAUCAUGAACUUAAACCACUGGAAUGCUGUGAGUUUCCAUUUGGUUCAAAGCAGAAGGAAGUCUGCAUCAAUCCCUAUCAUUACAAGCGGGUAGAAAGUCCUGUUCUUCCACCAGUGCUUGUUCCAAGACACAGCGAGUACAACCCUCAGCACAGUCUCCUGGCUCAGUUUCGCAACUUGGGGCAAAAUGAACCUCACAUGCCACACAAUGCGACUUUUCCAGAUUCCUUCCAGCAACCCAACAGUCACCCAUUCCCUCACUCACCAAACAGCAGCUACCCAAAUUCCCCUGGAAGCAGUAGUGGCACCUAUCCUCACUCACCUGCCAGUUCGGACCCAGGAAGUCCCUUUCAGAUGCCAGCGGAUACACCCCCUCCUGCUUACCUGCCUCCAGAAGAUCAGAUGACGCAGGAUGGUUCACAGCCAAUGGACACCAAUAUGAUGGCACCUUCGAUUCCUCCAGAAGUAAACAGAGGAGAUGUUCAGGCAGUGGCUUAUGAAGAGCCAAAACACUGGUGCUCUAUUGUCUACUAUGAGCUCAACAAUCGUGUUGGAGAAGCAUUUCAUGCCUCUUCUACAAGUGUGCUGGUGGAUGGCUUCACUGAUCCUUCCAACAACAAGAACAGGUUUUGCCUAGGGCUGCUUUCUAAUGUUAACCGGAAUUCUACUAUCGAGAACACCAGAAGGCAUAUUGGCAAAGGUGUUCACCUGUAUUAUGUUGGUGGAGAAGUUUAUGCAGAGUGCCUUAGUGACAGCAGUAUUUUUGUGCAAAGUCGAAACUGCAAUUACCACCAUGGCUUCCACCCAACCACAGUUUGUAAAAUUCCAAGUGGCUGCAGUUUGAAAAUCUUCAACAAUCAAGAGUUUGCUCAACUUCUGGCCCAGUCAGUGAAUCAUGGCUUUGAAACAGUGUAUGAACUCACAAAGAUGUGCACUAUUCGUAUGAGCUUUGUAAAAGGUUGGGGAGCAGAAUAUCACCGGCAAGAUGUCACAAGUACACCCUGCUGGAUUGAGAUACAUUUGCAUGGUCCCCUUCAGUGGCUGGAUAAAGUCCUUACCCAGAUGGGCUCUCCUCAUAACCCAAUCUCUUCUGUGUCUUAAAGGAUUCUGAGCAGCUACACUCUGGAAACUAUUGAGCCUUGCAUGUACUUGAAGGAUGUAUGAGUCAGACACAUGUACAAAACUGGCAGCAGCCUUUAUCAUACUUGACGUCUGUGACCAACUGUUAGAUCAGGAAAAAAAUGCCGAUAAUAAGUUGUUGGUAUCAAGAUUUUUAGUUUACAUAGUAAUAAUUCUCUUGCAGAUCUUUUCUGCAGGGCAGCGUGUAAUAGUUAGGGAUGACCAAGUCAGUGUAAUCUACGCACUGUUCUCAAGCUCAUAUGUGCACACACAAUGAUUCCACUUUAUGGUGGACAUCUGUGAUAUUGUGUGUAUGUAUUCUAGAAUGAGUACAAAGUUACUCUUUUCUAAGAAGCUUUCUACACUAUUUGAAACUCACUGGUUUAGGUAAUAGUUGCUGUCCUCUGAAAGAUUUAAGGCUUCUGUGUAAUCUUCUGAAAUUGUGUACUGACCAUACUGCUGCAAGAAUUUUUGGGUAUGCUCUUUGCUAAAUGUAUGUACAGUGUAUUUGGAAGUUAGAGAUGGGGUAGCCUAAAGAAAGUAGGUAGAUAGUUGAGGGAGGUGGGUGGGCAGGGGAGCUGACAAGGACCGGUAGAAUAAUACUGUAAGCAUAGCUUGUUAAACAAGUCCAAGUCUUUGCUGUGUGCAUUUCAUUUUUAUAGUGGCUUCACCUUACUAACUGAUCUAUUUCUGCCCAUGCACAGCUUCUUAGAUCAGGGGCAAGUAAAUAAAUCUUAGUCAUGUACCGCAAGGUCUGUAUAUUUCAAGACAAGCUGUACAGCCUUUUGGGAUUGGGCAGUCAUAUGCAGUUUGCAUAACAAAAGUAGCUGUUUCAUUUUGUAAGAGCUUUGUGUUUUGCCAGCAUAGCAGAUGUUGGCACAUGCUGGGAGGACUUAAAAAAAUACAAACCUAUUCAAGUGUUUCAGACGUAAAGGUUAAUUUUUUACCAUUUUAAUUGUUUUCUUUCUGCUAAUGUUUUAUAUUCAUUCAAGCUGUAGUACUUUUUCAGUAUUU